AUGAUGGUGCACUCAAGCAGCCUGUUUACAAACCCAUAUGCAAUCCAAGUCCUGAGGACUAAAAAGGAAGAACUGGUGGAAGGCAUAAAGGACCCAGACCAGCUCCUGCACUGGCUCAUAGACAAUGGGAUUGUUACCCCAGCAAAAAGGAUGGUCAUGAGUUUCUAGAGGACACGAACAGAAAAGAACUCUCGCGUUUUAGACAUACUCAUUUCUCAAGGUGAACGAGCCUGCAGGCUCUCUUUUUACCCAUGUUUAAAUCAAGUGGACCCAAAACUUUACAGCAAGAUAACAAAAUAUGUUGGUGAAGUAAAUGAAAGCAAUGGAGAUGCCAGAAGACAACUGAUUGGGUAUUUACUUGAAAAAGAUAGGGUUUGGCUUGAAAAUAGCAGUGAACAGCACCAGGGGAAUAAAGACAGCCCUAGAAGAAUAAAGCACAAAUGGGUUACUAAGAAGAAAGGAAAAGAAACUCAACUUCCAAGGAGAGCAAAGGCUAGAAAUGAUGGUGCUGCUGUUGACAUCUUUGCUGCAGUUGCCAAAGGCUCUCUCUCAGAGUUAGAGAACACACUCAAUGAUAUCACUGCACUAAACUCCACCAGGAAAACACUUCUGCAUGUUGCAGCUGCUCGUGGACACCCACUGAUUGUGGAAUAUUUGAUCAGCAAAGGUGCAAAGACAGGUGUGAAGGACGGGAAAGGGAGGACAGCCCUGCACAGGGCUGCUGAGAGAGGCCAUGGUGAUGCAGUCAAAGUGCUUCUCUGGGGUGGUGCUUCUGUGCACAGUUUGGACAUGGAAGGCAAGACACCCCUUCAUUUGGCUGCAGAGAAUAACCACAGUCACAUACUGAAGAUGCUCCUGAAAGAAGAGGCGAGAAGGUGCAGGAACUGGCACAGCUUUUUGCACAUGGCAGCUCUUAAAGGUGAGAGCAGUCUGGCCAAAAUGCUUUUAGAGGCUGGUGCCCCUCCAGAUGAGAAGGAUGAGAGAGGACAGACUGCUCUCAGUUACGCUGUUUCUCAGGGGUCUGAAAGCACUGCAAAAAUACUCCUAGAAGCUGGAGCCAGUGUUGAUUUCAACACAGUCGAAAGAGCCUUCAACAGUGACCACCCAUCCAUCCUCAAAAUACUACUGGAAUACUCUAAAGGCCUGUCAUCUGAAACAACGGAGUCAGCUCUUUUUAGAGCUGUACAGAAGAAUCUGGCUGAUAUUGUGGGUUUAAUUGACAGAGGUACAGAUAUCAAUGCCCACAAUGAAAUGCACUACACCCCUUUGCUGCUGGCGUGUGAAAUGGGCAAAGCAGAGACUGCAGAAGUUCUAAUUGAAGAGGGAGCAAACUUGGGAAUAAGAACUCCUGCUUCACACACAGCUUUGCAUUUGGCAGUUCAGGCUGGGGCUGCUCCCAUCACAGAUCUACUGCUCCUGCACAAAGGGAUGGGCACUGACCUCAGGAACCAAGCUGAGGAAACCCCGCUCCACAUUGCUGCGCUCCAUGGUCAGGGAGCACUAGCUGGGCUCUUAGUCACUGCUGGGGCCAAAAUUAAUGCUGUCACUAAAGAUCUCGUUACUCCCCUGAACAUGGCAAGUCAAAGAGGCAGCACUGAUGUUGCCCAACAGCUGCUGCACCACAAAGCCCACGUGAACACUCAGGACAACAAGUCAAAAACCCCUUUGCAUUUUGCUGCUGAGAGAGGAGAUAAAACAAUGGCAGAGAUGCUCCUGAAGGCUAAAGCUGAUUCCAGCGCACAGGACAAGGAAAAGAAGACUCCCCUGCACACUGCAGGUCUGAGAGGACACCUGAGCGUGGUGGAAGUGCUGUUAGCUAACAAAGGGAGAGCUGGAGCUAAGGACGUGGAUGGAUGCAGUCCACUGCACUGUGCCACCAUGACAGGAGACACAGAGACCGUAAGAACUCUUCUGGCCUCAGGGGAAAAUAAAAAUAUUGAUGACAGGAACAUCUGGAGAGAGACAGCCCUGCAUUUGGCAGCAGAGUAUGGACACAGUGAGUUGACAGAUCUGCUCGUGAGCCACGGGGCCUCCAUCAAUGCCCUGGACAGAGGCAGGGACAUGGUCCUGCACUGUGCCUGCAAGGCCGGGCACCUCCGUGCUGUGGAUUCCCUCCUGACCUGGUCACGAUGAGAAAAAGCAAAUUUACUGGCUGCCAGCAGUCUCAGAAAGACCCCACUGCAAGUAGCAGAACUUAAUAAAACAGAAAAUCAGGCUCAAAUUGUAGCACUUUUGAGAAAGAAAAUGUUGAUAGCAAAAUGA